AGUUCCCGCCAUCAGCGGCUUUCCCUGUGUUGGGCCGAGAACAGCCUCGCUGUCUGGGGCUGGUCGUCCCUUCGUUCUGAGCCCUUCGGCUCCUCCCCCUCCGCGGGAACUCCGAGCGUCUGGCCGGCGGGUCCUUGACUCGCGACCCUCCAGCAUAGGUACACUUAACACAUUUUCUUUAGCUGAGUUGAUGGUGCCUGGAAAACUGAUUUAGCUGAAGAAUAUGAAUAGUUCCUUAAGAAAAGUGCAUUGCUUUUGGUAUAAGGAGCAGAAUAAAGGUGAAUUGUUAUUACGUGGAGUUUUUCAGUAAAGGUGACUGAAAAUUACUUGCUGUAUAGUAACUACAGGCUUUGAAAUAGAGGCUCCCCCCCACCAAACUAGUCUUCUGCCUACAGAAUCUGUCAGGUGAACAUAUAUUUUUGCUUUUUAAUUUGGUCAAAAGCAAUUUAUUUUUAAAGAAAAUAUGUCUCCUCUGAAGAUACAUGGUCCUAUCAGAGUUCGAAGUAUGCAGACUGGGAUUACAAAGUGGAAGGAAGGAUCCUUUGAAAUUGUGGAAAAAGACAAUAAAGUCAGUCUAGUAGUUCACUACAAUACUGGAGGAAUUCCAAGGAUAUUUCAGCUGAGUCAUAACAUUAAAAAUGUGGUACUUCGACCCAGUGGAACAAAACAACGUCGCCUGAUGUUGACUUUACAAGAUAAUAGUUUCUUGUCUAUUGAUAAAGUACCAAGUAAGGAUGCAGAGGAAAUGAGGUUGUUUCUAGAUGCAGUACAUCAGAACAGACUUCAUGCAGCCAUGAAACCUCAGGGAUCUGGUAGUUUUGGAGCCAUUCUGGGCAGCAGGGCCCCUCAGAAGGAAACUAAUAGACAGCUUUCUUACUCAGACCAUCAGGCCUCUUCAAAAAGAGGAAAUUUGGAAACUAAGGAUGAUACUCCGUUUCGAAAAGUUCUUGGUAAUCCAGGUAGAGGAUCAAUUAAGACUGUAGCAGGAAGUGGAAUAGCUGUUACCCGGACAAUUCCUCCUUUGACGCUUACAUCAACUCCUCUUAGAGCAGGAUUAUUAGAAAACCGCACUGAAAAGAGGAAAAGAAUGCUAUCUGGCUCAGAGCUAACUGAAGAUUAUCCUAAAGAAAAUGAUUCCUCAUCGAACAACAAGGCUUUGACAGAUCCUUCAAGAAAAUAUUUAACAAGCAGUAGAGAAAAGCAGCUGACUUUGAAACAGGCAGAAGAAAAUCGGACAUCAGGGCUUUUACCUUUGCAGUCAUCAGCAUUUUAUGGUAGUAGAGCUGGAUCCAAGGACUAUUCUUCUGGUGGCACUAACCUAGAUAGGAGUAAUGUUUCAAGCCAGACUCCUUCUGCCAAAAGAAGUUUGGGAUUUCUUCCUCAGCCAGCUCCUCUGUCCGUUAAAAAACUGAGAUGUAACCAGGAUUACACAGGCUGGAACAAACCAAGGAUGCCCCUUUCUUCUCACCAACAGCAGCAAUUGCAGGGGUUCUCCAACUUGGGAAAUACAUGCUAUAUGAAUGCAAUUUUACAGUCUCUGUUUUCACUCCAGUCAUUUGCAAAUGACUUACUUAAACAAGGUAUCCCUUGGAAGAAAAUUCCACUCAAUGCACUUAUCAGACGCUUUGCAAACCUCCUUAUGAAAAAAGAUAUUUGUAAUUCAGAGACCAAAAAAGAAUUGCUUAAGAAAGUUAAAAAUGCCAUUUCUGCUACAGCAGAGAGAUUCUCUGGCUAUAUGCAGAAUGAUGCUCAUGAAUUUUUAAGUCAGUGCUUAGACCAGCUGAAGGAGGAUAUGGAAAAACUGAAUAAAACUUGGAAGACAGAACCUGUUCCUGGAGAAGAAAAUUCACCAGAUAGUUCAAUUACUAAAGUAUACACUUGCCCUGUUAUUACUAAUUUAGAGUUUGAGGUUCAGCACUCUAUCAUUUGUAAAGCGUGUGGAGAGACUAUUCCCAAAAGAGAACAAUUUAAUGAUCUCUCCAUUGACCUUCCUCGGAGGAAAAAGCCACUCCCUCCUCGUUCAAUUCAAGACUCUCUUGAUCUUUUCUUUAGGGCAGAAGAACUUGAAUAUUCCUGUGAAAAGUGUGGUGGGAAGUGUGCUCUUGUCAGACACAAAUUUAACAGACUUCCCAGGGUCCUUAUUCUUCAUUUGAAGCGAUACAGCUUCAAUGUGGCACUCUCACUUAACAACAAGAUUGGACAGCAAGUCAUCAUUCCAAGAUACCUGACCCUGUCAUCUCACUGCACUGAAAAUACAAAACCACCUUUUACUCUGGGGUGGAAUGCACAUAUGGCAAUUUCUAGACCAUUGAAAGCCUCUCAGCUGGUGAAUUCCUGUGUCACAAGCCCAUCUACACCUUCAAAUGAAGAUGAACUAAAACGCUCUGUGGCCCUCAGCCAGAGACUUUGUAAUCCAUCAGGCAUUGAACAGCAACAGGAAGACUUGGAAAAGGAUCCAAAAUUAAGCCCUGAUAAGUCCGAAUUAGAAAACUCAGGAUUUGACAGAAUGAGCGAAGAAGAGGUGCUUGCAGCUGUAUUAGAGAUUAGUAGGAGAGAAACUUCACCGGUGCUCUGUCGUGAAGAUGAUGAUAAACCCACCAGCAGCCCAGACACUGGAUUUGCAGAAGAUGAUCUUCAAGAAAUGCCUGAAAAUCUAGAUGCUAUGGAGACUGAGAAACCCAAAACAGUCGUGGAGCCAGAUCCUGCCAGUUUUACUGAGAUAACAAAAGACUGUGAUGAGAAUAAAGAAAACAAAACUCCAGAAGGCUCUCAGGGAGAGGUUGAUUGGAUGCAGCAGUAUGACAUGGAGCAGGAGAGAGAAGAGCAAGAGCUUCAGCAAGCUCUGGCCCAGAGCCUUCAAGAGCAGGAGGCUUGGGAGCAGAAAGAAGAUGAUGACCUCAAAAGAGCUACAGAAUUAAGUCUUCAAGAGUUUAACAACUCUUUUCUGGAUUCCCUGGGCUCAGAUGAAGACUCUGGAAAUGAGGAUGUUUUUGAUAUGGAGUAUACAGAAGCUGAAGCCGAGGAACUAAAAAGAAAUGCUGAGACAGGAAAUCUCCCUCAUUCCUAUCGGCUCAUCAGUGUUGUCAGUCACAUUGGCAGCACUUCCUCCUCAGGUCAUUACAUUAGUGAUGUGUAUGACAUUAAGAAGCAGGCGUGGUUUACUUACAAUGACCUGGAGGUAUCUAAAAUUCAAGAGGCUGCUGUGCAGAGUGAUCGCGAUCGGAGUGGUUACAUCUUCUUCUAUAUGCACAAGGAGAUCUUUGAUGAGUUGCUGGAAACAGAAAAAAGCUCUCAGGCUUUUAACAUGGACGUGGGGAAGACUACCCGUCAGGCCUCGUAAGGAGCCAAGUCCUGGGUUGGCAAUGUGCACUGCAUUUUUCUCUCUCAUUGCUGCCCAUCUCACCUUCCUCCACCCGAAGAGAAUUUGGAAUUCUACUUGAUGCAGGAGCAACAAACAGCUCAGGGCCAAACCAAAAGACAAAACUCAGUUCUGUGGAAUGCUCCAUGCUAUUUUGUGGAAACUUUGGUCUCAUCUGUAGCUGAUUAGCCUCUUUUUCUCCUACAAGAGUGACGCUUCCUUUUGUCUUAGGGAUACAUGUUGUAAAUAUAUAUCUAUAUAUAUGUAAAUAACCCACACACAGAUAUAUGGAAUGAAUGGAGCCUUAAAGAGUUAGGAUGAGCCAUCAGAAGUAGCAUGCCCACUCACAGUUAAUCCCACAGCCGUUUGCAGGAGCAAUCCCAGAGCCCAUUUACCUGAGGAAUGUGUGGAGGUGCACAUAUCAUUUGGCUUCUGGCUUUUGUUUUUUGAGUGGCUUCAUUCAAGUCCAACCUUCCAUGUAUUUCUUAUGAGUAAAGUUCACUGGAAAGUCAGACUAAUAACAGUUUGUUUUCCUUCCAAGAGGCAUUUCUGUCACCUGACUUGAGGAGUUUUGAUUUUCUUUUAAUUUUAGAAGUCUGUCAUGCCUUUGCUGUUCACAUGCAGUUUCCCCCACUCCCACCCCCCCAAAAAUGGAUUGUUGGUGCUUUGGAAUUUUCUGCAGUCUCACAUUUGAUGGUCAUUGUACACUUCACAUUUUUCUCUAAGAGAUUUCCUCACACAUUUUAUCAUUCAUCAACAUUAUUGUGAAGGUAAAGAUAGAAUCUUUUAUUUUCUUCUGUAUCGUUUUUCAAUGGAGCAGGAAUGACCCUAAUGGAUUAUAACCAAAAUUAUAAAAGGUAAAAAGAUAGUAUUGCUCCAGUGGGAACUCCCCCACCAGGGAUAUAUAGAGCAAGGAGGAAUGCUUCUCAGGCAGAGAAAGCAAGAGGCAUGCUGCUGUUGACAACACAAAUUCUCGACCACUAAAGGUAAAAGCUAAACACUCUGUUACCAGGGCAAAAUUAACUAUGUGAGCUGUAAGACAACCUUGGGUGUUUAAUCAUUUAUUGUCUCGCUUUGCCCUACAAGCAGGGUGAGCUUUAAAAGGUGACUAGUUUAGGUAAUUCUAAGAACUUAAAUAACCAAGGUGCACAAUAUAUUUAUCUUAUUUUUUAGGUGCUCUGAGUUGAGACCGAGUAGGAAUGCAGUAUUAAGUGCUGCAUUAGUCACUUAGCCAACUUGCUUGGUUAAGCAGCUAAUGAAACCAUAAAAACGAGUUUGAGGAAUUCUUUGAGCUCAAGCGUCACUAGGAUUGCAUGGACUACAGCAAAAUGAAACCUGUGGUCAUUAUUUUCUAUUUUCUGUGUUUUUCUUGCUUUCAUUAUAAACGAGAGGAUGUGCUCAGUUCUGAGAUAGGGAUGAAACCACAUCCAGUUUUCAGAGGGAGCAAACAUGUUAAAUUCAUUGCUAAAAAUGAGACAUCUUUUCUGGAAAAUUGUCUUCAAAGAACUCCAGCCAGACUCUUGGAACCUGGGGGUAUUCUUCCACAGUCACCUCUUCUAAACCUUAACUUUGAAUUGUAAAUGGCCUCAGUGCUUUUGUGUGACUACUGAUAAAUGCUUUGCCUCCUACUGUCUACCAGUAUACAUUAUGGUAGCAAAUGCUCCAGAGUGGCACAGAGGUGGGAUUCGCAGGAGUAGUUCACACCAGAGGAAAAUACUUGUUUUCAGAACUUUGAAAUGUUUGUUUCAUUUCUCCUGGGAGCCUCAUUUUGUUUUGCUUUGCUUGGAAAUACCUGGCCUAGCCCAUGAAUGAGUGGACUGGUGACAUUCUUUACUGUUCUCUUCCCUCUCUGCAGUUGGGAGCUUUGAGCUACUAAAAGUGAUUAGGAACGAUUUGAAAUGAGGCCUGCCUUAUACAUAGAGAAAAAUAGAAAUGCCUGAGCCUAGAUUGUGUCCUGAGCAGCCUUGUUUGUACUGCUUUCUCAGCUUACAGACUUGGGUGAGCAGAAGUAUGCUUGGCAGCAUAACCCGAUUUGGUUUGGCCUUUGUGCCUUGAACAGGAUUUGGUGGUUGAAAACAGGUUACUACUUGCACAUUGCGGACUUGAGUUUUACUGUCUGUUCAGCCUGCGGCCUUGUCAGCUUUCCCCUUCACUCCUUUGACUCCAAGUGGAGAUUUCAGUUAGACUGUGUUGAUGGAGGUGUUGCUUGUUCUAAGCUGGUUAUAUAUAUUUUUAACUUAUAAGUAAUAUAUUCCUUUUUGUUGUUGCACACUGUGAUCCAAGAAUUUGGGAAUGGAGCAGUUAGUUAGCAUGUUGGGCCAGGAAGGGACAAAUUAGAUGGGGACAGAGGCUUCAGUUCCCUUCAGCCUGCACAAUAAGUAACCUUCCUAUUCAAAAUAGCAAAUGUUUGGUUACAUUACUUUAAAUUGCUGAAUUGGACCAUGGUAGCAAUUAGUACUUGAUACAAUCUUUGGUCUUAGCCAAAAAUUUUGGGGAGUAAAAAAUAAAUUAAAAUUUGUUGAUUUUUGCCCUGUAUUAUACAGAGUUGGAAAGUUGUAUGUGGCUGCUGUUUAUUCUUUUAGUAGCCAAGACUAUAAUUUAGGCCUAUGGAAAAGUACGAUUCUUGUUUUAUAGGGAUGUAUGUGUAUACACUCAAAAUUUUGUCCUGGCAGGAUAGAAUAAGAAGUAAAUCUAUGAAUUGUUCUGUUUAUAUUGAUUCUAAAUUGGUUGCUUCUUGCUAUAGUCAGACUUAGCUUAAGUGGCUCAGUAGCAAACAUAACAAAUGUAAAUGUGUACACCUUACAUUUUAAGGUGUAUGAGGUAAUUCUUACAAAUCCAUUGACUCUAGAUGUAAAUAUUAAACUGAACCUUUAUCUUUUGAUGAACUGCAAAAUUUUUCUGAAAAAGCCUUAAAUAGUUAAAACCUCAGCAAACUAAUCUGGCUUUCUCUUUCCACACUGCAUACUGUUGUGUAAUUACACAUGUACAUGUAGACAGUUGGAUAAUGUAAAAUGAUCUGGAGCUACAAAGAAAAAAAGGUAAUUUGUAAAAUCUAUGGUCUGUUGAGGGAAUAUACUGGAACCAGGGUAUCCCUUCCCCUUCGUCUCAUCCUCUGAAAUACCAGCGCAGUGGGUGCAUUUUUUUCCCACUUGAGUCCCAGGUGGGCUUUUACUUCAAAUCAGGGAAACAACUAGAUCUCUAAGUACAUGUGAAACUUGUAUGUAUAGGGAAAUUUUUAGAAAAUUCAACAAUCUAGCACCACAUGCAAGUUACAUAAAAACAACUAAAACAGCUACAUUGUCCAUACCUCCCCUGCUUUACACUAACACUCCCUUGGAAAUACUUUAAAAAACUAACAAGUUUCUGCCCUCUAACAUCUUUUAAUGCAAUUCUUUAAAAUUCUGAUUUUGUUGGUAUUUUUAUCGUCUGAAGAAAUACAUAUUUUAUUGGAAAACUCGAUAGUUGGCUAGGCUAUGAAAGUUUUGUGACAGGAUUAUUCUGUUUAACCACAGCCAUUGACUCCAUUAUUAUGGUAUGCUUUGGUUACUAGAUUUGAGGCAGUCUCUGGUUAUAUUUACACACAAUUAGUGAAUUGUUUUUUCCUUUCCAUGUGUGCUAUGUGUCUGAGGUUUGGAGGUUUUCAUUAUAAGUGUGCCACUAUGAAUAAGUACUUUAAUGACAGUGAAUUUUUCUUAAAAAUACAGAGGUUCCAAGUUAUAGGUAUGUCCACAGGCAUGAGAACCUAGCGAGUGAGGGUCAGGGUCAGGAGCAGAGUUCAUCAAGUCAAAUGGCAGAACAAAGAAGGGCAGUCAGCUGAACUGGUCUGUUGCUAAAAGAGUGGGCAAAGAGGGAGACCACUAGUGGGUGUACACCUGUCCCCAGGCUUCCCUUCUCUGAGUCUCCUCCCCUCCUAACCUCCAUAGCCUAUUGCUAGCGGUUCUUUAUGCCUAGGCGAGGGGAAUAGCAGUGAGGUUCCUGCACUUUGCUGACUGAGCCACCCCCAGGCUUGAUGGCAGCUUUGGCCACAUUAUUUGUGAGGUGGCUUUUUUUCCUUUGUGUUCAGAGUGACUUGAUUCUGAUUCUUGUUGUUUUGUAUGGAACGCACUUUAUCUGUGUUUUAACAGAACAGUUCCUCUGUAUCCUUUACGGUUUUUCCUUGUUUUUCCUUGUUUCCUUUUUAAAUUAUACAGAGUUUUUUUGUGUGUGUGUGAAAUUAAAGCCUUUAUUAACCUUAU